AUGGAGAAGGGGAAUGGACCUGCAACUCGUGCGGAGGUGGAUCUCACCGAUGAUCUUCCGGAGUUUGUGGUCAUUGACGACGAGGGAGUAGACGAGGGACCGAGCGUCCUCUACCAGCGAGCUGCCCCCAUCGGAUUCGUCCUGGGCCAUGAUGCCAACUCGGCACCUGUCGUGGGCGGGUGGCAACGAAGCACCACCACCACCAGCACCUCCACGAGCUCCACGAGCACCGCCAGCAGCACCACCAGCACUACUCGCAGCGGCAGCGGCAGCAGCAACGGCGGCCGCGGCAGCGAUAGCCGCGAUGUAGAGGAGCUGUUCCUGCAGGGCGACACCUACUCCCGUUCUCACCCGCCUCCGUGGCUCGCCAAGUCCUCCUCCUCCUCCUCCGUGGGCACACUGCACGAGGAGAUCAAGGCCUUCGCCCAGUUCAUGUCCCCCACGCCGGGGGAGAAGAAGAUGCGGGAGGAGGUCAUUCGCCGCAUCUCGUCCGUUAUCACCACCGUUUGGCCCUACGCGGAGGUGAACGUGUUCGGGUCGUCCGCUUCCGAGCUCUACCUGCCCCUCAGGUACCACAACAUCGAGACCAUCGCCAAGGCGCGCGUGCCCAUCAUCAAGCUCGUCGAUUCGGAAACCAACUGCCAGGUAGACAUCAGUUUUGCCACCACGGCCAACGGAGCCGUCAACACAGCCAUCGUAAAGAAAUUCUGUGUCGAGGCGGAGGAGAUCAGGCCGCUGGCCCUGGUGCUCAAGUACUAUCUGAGCCAAAUGGGCCUCAACGAACCCUACACGGGCGGGAUCGGGUCGUACACCCUCCUGCUCAUGAUCAUCUCCUACCUCCAGCUGCACCGGCCCGAGGGUCCCGAGGGGAGCGAUCUCGGGCAGCUGCUGAAGGGCUUUCUGCUGCUCUACGGGCGCGACUUCAACUACCACCGCACCGGCAUCUCCGCCCGCCGCGGUUGGGGAUCCGCGGAGCAGCCCUGGCUCCUCUCCGUGGAGGAUCCCGGCGAUACGGAAAACGACGCGAGCCGAUCGUCGUACGGGAUCAUGGAGGUGCGGGCGUGCUUCCUCAACGCCUACCGUGCGCUCACCUCGACCUCGGGCCUGUUCGAGUCGUGCCCGUCGUUCCUCGCCCGAAUUCUCCUCCGUGACCGCCGCCUCGAACACCACCGCAGCGCCAUCCGCGACCUCUACGCCCGGAGCGACGGAUCCUCCUCCUCCUCUUCCGCUGAUCGUAAGCGCACUCGCGACCAGUGGGACCAGCGGGACCAGCGCUAUCGACAUGACGACGACCGAAGCCACCAUCGCCACCGCCGUGACCACGACGAAGACGAGCGCCACCACACCGACAGAUACCGCCCGCGUCCUCGCACCCACCACGGGAACGAAGCGGAAGGCGGCCACCGCAGGUUCUGA